UGUUUCCUGGACGGAACCUUUAUAUAUACAGUCUAUGGACGGAACAUGGCGAGUGGAGAAUCGGACACUGUCGCUGAAACCUGUGUUUUCUGUUUAAUCGCCAACAAUCAGGACAGAGAAACGGAAAUUAUCUCAGAGAACAAGUGGAUGGUGUGUUUCAGGGACAUUUACCCUGCUGCUCCUCACCACUACCUAGUUGUACCCAGACAGCACAUCCACAGCUACUUGUCGAUGGACAGCGGACACAUCGGCUUCAUUGAGAGGAUGGCUGAAAUGGGGAGAAAUGUACUUCGAGACCAAGGGAUCACUGAUAUGACGGACACAAGGCUGGGUUUCCACGUACCGCCCUACAUCUCAGUGGCUCACCUCCACCUCCACGUGCUCGCCCCCAGCAGCCAAAUCUCAGACGACAUGAUUUAUAAAUUCAUACCAGGGACCAGCUCUUUUAUUGCCGAAGAAGAUCUAUGCAAAGAGCUACGGAAACAUUCUUCACCACUGCGGAAAGCUGAAAGGCAUUUAAAGAUGAUUAAAGAACGUUUAUUACUGUAUUUCUACCUGUUUGUUGUAUGGUUUUUAUGGAACACAGAUUAUUUAAGAAUACAGGAUGCACCACGUAUGCAUACGGUCAUUUGAA